AAAUUUAAACAAAAGAUGGCAGCAGAGUGGCGACGACAGCGCCGCGGGCGGCGAGACGAUGCAGACGCCAGUCAACAUGGCGGCCGCGGCCGCCUGAGCCAGCGCGGCCGGAGCGCGCCGAGAGCAGAAAUGUCCGCGUCCGCGCCCCACGCCCACGGACGCACCCCCGUGCGGCGCAGGGGGCACCAACACCACCCGCGGCUCCGGGGCGAUCGCGCGCCCGCCCCCACAAACGUGAACACUGAUCCGUCCAAACAAGUGACCUUACACAGUCAAACAGACGAUGUUGUGCCUUGUGUCAAUAGUGUUAGUGAAUCUCAACAAGUGACAAGGACGAACGGUGACGAUACACUUUCGAAUCGAAACGUAAUAGAGGAAUUUUCGAAUAUUGACGAUGAAGAUGAAUUUGAUAAAAUAAUAGCGAGCGUAGAAUUGCGCGAUAGUUCGGACGAUGAUUUUUCUAAUAAAGAAGAGAGAUCAGCGGGAGACGGUGCGGAGGUGCCCGCGCUCACAGAUGCGUCAGACGAUGAUCCGGAGACGGCGGAGCUGGCCCGGCUGCGGUGCACCAGCGUGUGCACAGAAGUGUUGGCGGAGCGCGAAAGCCGUAGGCGGCGACGCUGCGCUGACUACCCGGGCCUGGCCUUCGGCAGCUCAAUAUUUUCAUCGGACACGAUGAUGAAAUUUUCUAUCAUCAAGAAUGAAUUGCAGAAUAUCAAGAACACCGCUUUGAAAAGGGCUGAGUCUGAGGUUGCCGCCCUCAACCGACGCAUCCAACUGCUGGAGGAGGACCUCGAGAGGUCCGAGGAGCGUCUCGCCACCGCCACCGCCAAGCUCGCGGAGGCCAGCCAGGCCGCCGAUGAGUCCGAACGCGCCCGCAAGGUCCUCGAGAACAAGUCCCUGACUGAUGAGGAGCGUAUGGAUGCCCUGGAAAACCAGCUGAAGGAAGCCAGGUUCCUUGCUGAGGAGGCCGACAAGAAAUACGAUGAGGUGGCCCGUAAGCUGGCCAUGGUAGAGGCUGACUUGGAGCGUGCCGAGGAGCGCGCUGAGGCCGGCGAAUCCAAAAUCGUCGAGCUUGAGGAGGAGCUCCGUGUCGUCGGUAACAACCUGAAGUCCCUGGAGGUCUCCGAGGAAAAGGCCAACCAACGCGAGGAGGAGUACAAAAAUCAGAUCAAAACCCUCACCACCCGCCUAAAGGAGGCUGAAGCCCGCGCUGAAUUCGCUGAGCGCUCCGUGCAGAAACUCCAAAAGGAGGUCGACAGGCUCGAAGACGAGGUGUUAGAAGAGCGCAGUAAGUACAAGGCGAUCGCCGAGGAGGUGGACCAGACGUUCGCCGACCUGUCCGGCUACUGAGCAGGAACGAAACGCAGGCCGCCAUCUUGCGCGAUGUGGCGGGAAAGUGAGAUUAAAAACUAAACGCUCGUGCAGAGGGCUCUAUGGAUAUGGGCUAACCACAAAUUAAGGCUUUUACUAACGGUGCAACAAUGUCAUGCGAUUUUCGAUAAUUGCCGACUAAGUAGGAAUAACGAGUUCAAUCGAUCGAUAAAAUGCGGCAUCGUGUAGCAAGUCGCAUGCAAUUAUGGGUGAGGUUUGGAGAGGCCAUUAGUUUGCCUAUUUUACGAGUAGAAAAGGCGGGAAAUUUAAUAAAUGUCCAAAAGCUAGAAAUGUUUAAUGUCGCGCCUUUUUCUACUGCCUCACCUAAAGAGAGCCAAAUUUAUGGGCGCCUUCUGUACUGAGAAUUUGUAAUUUUAAUCCUACUGACAGCGCGCACUGCGGGCUCAACUUGCUUUCUACUUCUUUAUAUUUUGCGAUGUGCACAUGAAAAAAUAAUUAUUAUAAGUUUUAUAUGUGACUAAGUAGAGUGGCUUCUAAUGGUGGACAAUUUUGAAAAUGCCUAAUACAUAUAUGGAUGUUAGCGUUCACCUUUAAAUUGAAAUAUUAAUGUUAUCCACAAUCAGCCAAUUAGUUGAACAUGUUAAAUAAAAAGUCAUCAAAUUUUAAAAUUGUAAUUUUUGAUACCUGUACAAAAUUGUUAUUUAGAAGAAAAAUUAAGAAAUGGAAAUAAAUGUGUUGAUUGUAAAUCUGGAAAUUUAAAUUUGCAAAGUCCUGAAAAUUCAUUUUGGCCAAAAUGCGUUUUUUAGUAGAUCACUGCCGAUAUAAAUAUAAAUUUAAUGUAAUUGAAAUAUUCAUAUGUUUAAAAGUAAUAAAACUAAUAACAACCAUUAAAAUGUUAUCUGAAAAGCUUUUAACUUUUAAACGUACGAAUGUAGUUUUCGUAAUUUGCGAUUUUCAUAUUUUUUUAACGUGUAAUUUUAUUGAAAUAUUUUACUUAUGAAUAAGUAAAGAUAAUCUUAUGAAGUAAUAUUAUGAUGAUUAUUUGCUAUAAGUCACAAUAUGUAUGAACAUGUAUGUUUUGGAUUAUAUUCGUGUAAUGAAUUAGUGAGUUUUUUAUACUGCUGUUCGACUGAGCGCACAGUGUUGUCAGAUCUUGAAAGUGAGUUGUUGCUUAUUUUACUGUAAAAUAUCGCAUUUGAUGGGGAAUUGGAUAAAACUAUGUUUCUUCAAUAAAAAAAAGAGUAAAAAACUAAUUUUUUUUUUAUUACACCCCCUAAUGCAGCAUUUUAUGGUUACGGCGAAAUAAUUUCUCGAUUUUAGACUAGUUUUCCGCUAAAAACGUAAACCUUUCUUGAAGUAAUUUUUAAUACUUUAAUUAAAAUGAUAUGUUAUAUGUAAAAACUCAGUGGGUACGCUGACGCUGACAACGAUGACACUUGUCACCCUUUGAAAAAUAUUAUACUUAUAGGUACAAUUUUUUUAUUUCUUUUUUUUGCGUUUUGAUCAUACGCAAAUUUAACGAAUAGGAAGCAUAAAUUCUCAGUUUUACUUUCUAAUUUUCAAAAACAAACUACAAGUAGCUUUUUCAUUGAUUAAAAUUUAAAAUACCUAAUCUUAUGUUUUAAUGUAGGUAGGAGAGACCAAGGCAGGUUGACACGAGGGAAGGGUGCCAACCAACCAAGAGAUCUCGCAAUCUGACGUCGCUAAGCACGUAUCGUGUUUGUUAGGUAGCUUAAUAGAAAUGGACAUAAAUCUCUCUUCGAAGGUAAAAAAUAAAUGUAGACGCUAGCUACAGAUGGCGAAAAAUGGAAUUCUGGUUCAACCCACCUCGGUUUCCCCUGCCAAAGAGCAUUUGAAAUAGAGGUUGAUUGUGAAAGAAAAUUUUGUAGCCACAGUAAAAAGUGACGUCAUCUUCCCGGGCAUAACCUAAAGGUUUGGCCUUUGAUCUAUUAGAUUGCGCCAAUUUUUGAUAUUUAACAAAUUUAACAUAUGAAAUAAGGAUAAUGAUCAAAUUUCGUGAAUAAGGUCAAAGUCAAAUGGCGUUCUAAAAGUUUUAAUCAUGUGUCGAAAGAUGGCAGUAAAUUUAUUGUGGCUACACAGUUUUCUUUGACAAUUCUCCUCUAUUUCAAACUCUCUUUGAUCCUGCUUACUUACAUUUUGUCCGCCAUCUUGCAAGGGUGGUGCCGCACGACUAAAGUCCUAAUUGAACGUGUGAAUGUUGUUACUAUAAACUUAACCCUUUGAACGCCUAUACACGAAGGUUGAAAUUGGUUUGGAAGCUGCGUGCGUCGACGUCUUUGCUGGUGAAAUAGAUAGAUUUACUAAUAUUUUAAAUGAUUAAGCUUAUGUUUCCAUACCUACAACUCAAUGACUGCUUAGUUUGUAAUGUAGCUUCCCUUUUCAAGAAACUUACCUGCUGUAUCUUUUCAUUCCAAUAAAAUAUACUUUUUACAAUAA